AUGUCCUACACUCUGCCGCUGCCUCAAGGUUGUGCCAUCUGCAUCAACACGACUUGGGACGGAUUCUUUUCUUUGGCAGAGGACCACCAAUGUUUCCUCGGCUCCUCAACAGUUCCAUCCAUUCGAAGCCCCUUUUCCCUCGUCCAGGUAUCAAUAUAUGGGCAAGAUAAAUCAUCCAUUUCACUCACCAAUAGUCCUGUAAAUCGACCUCCCUAUGACCAUCAAUGCAGAGAGGUAGAACACCAUGAAGAGGGGUCGGAGCCUUGCGAUAUCUGCACCCUUGAUGCGACGACUCCUCAUAUCAAAGAUGAUUGUGAGGACCACAAAGACCAGAAAGGCGAUGAUCUGAGCCACCAGUCCAAUGAUGAGAACGUUUCGCCCGAGCUUGACUGCGUCCCUGUUCGAGGUGUUUGUAGAGAAUAUCGAUAUUCCUCCUGUUUGUGUCAAGACGCAGACGAUGUCGAGAAAGACAAAGAGUUUGGUGAUGAUGAAAAUUCAAAGCUUACAUUCGACCGACAAUCAUGUAAUCUGAGACAAAGCAUGUCAACGGGGGCUCUGGGAAAGCAUUCACACGUCACUCGGAAAGACCCACUCAUUCUGGAUGGCAAGUACCUGCAUCACCGUAGCAGCAAUGAUUGCCCACAUAUAGCCGGCUUUGCCUCGUAUAGCUUGAUAGGUCUAAACGGCACCAGGGGAACACGCAUACCGCAUCCGGAUUCAGAGUGGAACCAAAAUGUAUGCAUUAACUCGGAAGCGGGCUUCAGAGGAGAC